GUCACUCACGGCCACUGCCUGCUGGCUCCCUGGUGCGCUCCGCGCCACAGGCACCUGCUCGCCCGGCGCUGGACGCUCAGUUCUUGUUCCCACACUGCGGACUCCUAGUCUUCACUGUCACUUGGUCUUGCUGCUGGCCGGACAUAGCACUCCUCCCUUCUUGCAUUCCCCUGGAGCCCACCCACCCGCCAUGGCCCGGGUCUGGGCCAAAGAGUGGCGUGGCUCGUGGUCCAAACCUGGGUCUGCACGCCGCGGCUGAGCGCCCACUCGCCUUGAAGAGUGAGCGGUGGAGAAACCAGCGGGGGCGGCGGCGGGAGAGCUCCCCGGGAGUCGGAGGAGGUGGCAGUCGGGAGCCCAGCCAGAAGGAGACCAGGAGGCAGACGUUGGUGCCUUACAGGCACUCACUCCCUUCUCCAAGGAUGGAUCCUGGCGCAGUCCGGCAGUUUCCUGGCCCGCCCGCCAGAGUCUGAACUGCGGAUCCCUAUUCUCCUGUGGAGCACCGGACUGAAGGAGGUACAGACCGAAGGAUCCUCCUGGAGGGACCUCGUCUCCUGCGUCCCCCGCGUAGCGCCCCCCGCCGGAGCCGCGCCGGGCCAGCCGGCAAGGAAGCUGGGCUGAUUGGCGGCCGCCGGCGGCCAGGGGAGGGGGCGCCGUGCGGGGCCAUGGCAGGCUCCGAGGCGUCCUAGCCGGAGCUCGAGCCGGAGCCGAGCCCAAGCUGCCGCCGCCGCCGCCUCUCCGCGCCGGGCCCCCGCCGCCGCCGCAACCCUGCGGGAGAUGGAACAGCGGAACCGGCUCGGCGCCCUCGGAUACCUGCUACCUCUGCUACUGCACAGCCUGCUGCUCUUCGUGGCCGACGCUACAUUCACCGAAGUCCCCAAAGAUGUAACCGUGCGAGAGGGUGACGAUAUCGAAAUGCCCUGCGCGUUCCGGGCCAGCGGAGCCACCUCUUACUCGCUGGAGAUUCAGUGGUGGUACCUCAAGGAGCCUCCCCGGGAGCUGUUACACGAGCUGGCGCUCAGCGUGCCGGGCGCCCGGAGCAAGACUGUCAAGGCCUUCAUGAUGUUGGACCUUCCAUCCAGUGUUCGGUUCCAAGUGGAGAAUUUAGAGGAAAUGAUGAGGUCCCCUUGGCUGUCCAGCAUCCCCACUCUCCCAAGCAGACAGGUAACAAAUAAGGAUGCAACUAAAAUCAGCACCGUGCGAGUCCAGGGCAAUGACAUCUCACACCGGCUUCGGCUGUCCGCCGUACGAUUGCAGGACGAAGGUGUUUAUGAAUGUCGCGUUUCGGACUACAGCGAUGAUGACACUCAGGAGCACAAGGCCCAGGCAUUGCUGCGUGUGCUAUCGCGCUUCGCGCCGCCCAACAUGCAAGCUGCAGAGGCAGUGUCCCACAUUCAGAGCAGCGGCCCGCGUCGCCACGGAGCCUCCAGUGCUGUCAGCUCCAACAACGCAGGCGCUGCUGUCCGCACCACCUCUGAAACCAGCCACGAUGACAAGAACCCACCUCCUGGGAGCCCUCCCGCUGGAUCAGGAGUUCCUGAGGCCGCCGCUGCCGCUGCCUCCGCGACCCACACAGCCACCACAACUGCUGCUGCAGCUGCUGCUUCUUCAUCAGCAUCACCACCAUCAGGGCAGGCUGUCCUUCUGCGCCAGAGGCACGGCUCCGGUACCGGCCCAGGCUACAGUGCCGAUCCUCUGCUGUCUCUGCUCUUGUUAGCACUACAUAAGUUCCUGCACCCACUUCUGGGCCACUGACAGCCGUCAAACCUCAGCAGGCACCCUGGGAGGACACCUUGCCACAUGGACACAGGGACUGAGGGAAGCAUGAAGAAGUCCAUGCAAAAAUAAAUAAAUCAUAUUUUUGGGGAAGUAACACAGAUCUAGAAGACUUAAAAUAAUGCAUCAAUUUUCCAAAUAGGAUGGGGUGCAGGCCGUGCGGUGUGCAUGGGGCGCCAAGUUCUUCACGGCAAUGUAUUUUUCUUUCCUCCACAUUCCCUCUGAAUCUUCAUUUUGCACGAACUCUUGAGCAAGUCCCUUGAGGAUAGUAUGUAAAAAAUGUUGGGUCAAAGCCUUUCUGACAAAGUAAAAUAUUUUUAGGAGAUUAUUGUGUUUAGAAAAUUUUUCUUUGAAUUUACAUUUUCUUUGGGGGAUUUUUCUUUUUUUAUUAAAUUAUUUCUUUGGAGACAUUUUGAUUAAAAAGAAACAUCAUAAUUAAAAUUCACUGUCAAUAAUAUUUAUUUUUAAAUAAAAAUUGGAAACAAGGAUAUACAGUUGUUUAUAAACUGUAUUGUAUAUUGCUGAACAAUAGUUGUAUUAAAAAGAAAACCUUUUAAAUAGA